GGUGGAGCCGUCGGGCAGCGCAACCGAUGCCGAUGGGAGCGCAGGAGAGGCUGCGGGCAGGUGGACGCCCAUGGCUUUUAGCCCGGGGCUGCUGGUGGUGGCCGGUUCCUUUGCUGCUUUCCGCCUGUUGAACCGGGAGCUGGAGCGGUUGGUACCGCCGCCGCCCUCGGCCCGCCGCAACCGCUGGAAGUGGCGCAACAUCUGGACGUCGCUGGCCCAUAGUGUGCUCAGCGGCGGCGGGGCGCUGGCGGGGUUCUACCUCCACCCUGAGCUGUCCGAGGAUCUGGUGGGCACAUACCCACCCGGGGCACACAGCUUGGUUGCUGUAUCUGUAGGUUAUUUCCUUGAAGACUUUGUGGACAUGUUGUGCAAUCAGAAACUUCAUCAGUCCUGGGAGCUGCUCUUCCAUCACUCCGUGGUGAUUGUCUGCUUCAGUAUUGCAGUGCUGCUCCAUCAGUACGUCGGGUUUGCCCUGGUGGCUUUACUGGUGGAGAUCAACUCCAUCUUCCUCCACCUGCGGCAGAUCCUGCUCAUGGCCAACUUGGUGCACACCACUUGCUACCGCCUCAACAGCAUCAUCAACCUGGGCACCUACGUGGUGUUCCGCAUCGCCACGCUGGCCUGGAUGGCUCGCUGGCUGCUCCUCAACCGGCAGAACGUGCCCCUGGCCACCUACGCUGUGGGUACGGUGGGCAUGGCAAUCAUGACGCCCAUGAACAUCAUCCUCCUCUACCGCCUGCUGCGCAGUGACUUCUUCAAGUCCAGCCGGGAUGUGCAGCAGGAGAAGGAUCAAUAGCUCCUUGCCUCGCAGGGUCCAGGGGAUGGGCAGUCCCAAGCCCGUGGAGGAGGAGGCCAGCAAAGCACAGUGGAGGUUGAACGUGGCUGUUUCAGUAGCUUGAGAUGAUGGUCGGCACUAACAGAGCAUGAGGGCUGGUGGCUGCAGAUCCUUAGCCUUUGGCAGAGAAGGUGCCCAUGGAGCAGGCACUGGGGCUGUGCUCCCCUGUGCCUUUGGAUGACGUGGCUGGGUGACUGGCAGCUGCUCAGAGAAGCCUCAACAGCUCCUGCAUCUCCACGAGGCACCGCUGAGUUAAGAAGGUAGCUGAAGAGCACUGUUUGCUCCACUGCUCUUCUGGACAUCCAAACACCACAGCCUGUUUCUAACCCCUUGAGGCUGCAGCCCACAGCAUCCCAUCAGUCAUGGGAUGCAGUGCCUAGCUCUUAGUUCUCUGUGGCACUUCCCACGGGAACACCACCACGAAGGAGCGUCUUCAAGGUUUUGCCCUCGAAGCCAGGGCCAGUAAAGGCCAAACCCUGCACUCCUGAGUCCUCCCCAAGGAAAUUGUCCCAGGUGGGUGAUGGAGGGAGAGGAUGAUACCAAUCUGGUUGGGCUGCUGCCCACUGUGGGAGCCAGACUGGGGACAAAGCACAGGGCAGUGGACACUGCAGCACUGUGCUCAGGGGUGGGCAACCAACUUCUGACAAAUGGAUUUUUUUCUGUGCUGUUUUGCUCCCAGAUACAUUAAGUGCCCACAAAUGAUCACAGGAGGGCAUGAGUUGCUGGCUGGGAUGAUGCUGUGUGGCAUCACAGAUGUGGAGUUUUCAGGCAUAGGCAUCUGCUGAGAUUUGGGCAUGUAUCAGGAACGGAAAGUUCUGCUGCACAGCCCAGUGUAAUGCUCUUGCCCAGCAGCAAGAGCUCUUACUAACACAAGAUUUUAAUAAAUGGCUGCAAAUUAAA